AAAAGUGUUCUCUAAGGAUUCUCAUUCUUAUUCUCUUUUGAGAAGAGAACAACCUGCAGCAAGAUUGUUUUAAGUUCAAAUUUCUAAGAUCAUGUGGGGCCAACUAGUUGCUGCUAAUUAAUGCUCACCAUUUAUCCAGCUAAUCAUCUCGUCUAUAUAAGUGAAGCAACAUUUUCACAACAUUUGCAAAAGUAAGCAUCGCAAGAUGAAGACAGCAAGAAGAAGAUUCUGGUUUCUUUUGUUUCUAGCAAUGACCGUUGCUGAGCUGACAGCUGGAGAAAUUUUGGUAAACGGAACCCGUAGUGAAGGCACUCUUGUUGACCUUCCUCGAGGAAAUGACAAUGUAGAAGUUGGAAACAAGACAACUAACACCGAGGUUGUUAUCAACAGCAAGAAUAAACAUUAUGGGCAUUAUGGAGGUGUAGGACGAGGUGGUGGCCGCGGCGGCGGUGGAGGAGGAGGUGGUGGGGGUGGAUGGGGAUGGGGAGGAGGAGGAGGUGGUUAUUAUAAAUGGGGAUGUGGUGGGAAAGGAAAAGAAGGAAGUAGAGGCGUUAAUAAUAGGGUUCAUAGAGGGAGAUCUUUUAACAGGAAGGAUUAUAAACUGGGUGAGUUUGCCCAGUGCAUGAAUAGAGGCAGGUGCAGAGGCAUGAGACUGGAUUGUCCCCUUCAUUGUGGUGGACCUUGCUUCUAUGACUGCCAAUACAUGUGCAAAGCUCAUUGUCGACGCCCCUGAUCCUGAUUUGCUGCUUGUUAAUUCCUCUAAUUUAAUAACCUUUUGUUAUAGAUUCUUCAUCAAAGAUUACAAAAAAGAAAUGUGGGGAAGUUUCUGGUUUCCUAUUUGUUGUAUUAGUUUGUUUAUUUGACUCCUGAUUUCAGAGAUGUGGUGGUAAUAACAGUUUGAUAGGUUUUUAGUGUUCGUAUAUUGUUGUUUUGAGUUGAUAUUACUCGAGUUG